AUGUUCAACGCGUGCAAGGGCAACAGCAACUGCUGCCGGGAGGAAAGCGAGGACACGAAACAGUCCGUGCGCGAAGGACGGCACGAAGGAAGGCUCGAAGAAAGGCGCGACCGGUUCGACCAACAGCUGGGGAAGGAGAAUGGGGACUUUAAGAAGAUCAUCGAGGGGGAGCCCGACCUGGCCAAAGCCGUCGAAAUUAGCCAGAGCACGGAGAGGGAAUACGUUGCCAUAACUGCCUACCAGCCAGUGGACAUCGUGACGAGGACAGUCGAGGUGCCCUUCGUGCGCACCAUAGAAACGACGGUGCCGAAAAUCACGUACGAGAGCAAGAUUAGGGAGGUCCCCAAGUACUACUCGAAAAUCGUGGAAAAGGUCGUGGAAGUGCCGGAGGUCAAAUUCGUAGACAAAAUCGUGGACGUGCCGCGCAUCCAGUACUGCUUCAAGUACGUGCCCAAGGUGGAGGUGAAGGAGAACAUCAUUCAGAGGCCAGUUUUCCAGAAGAAAAUCGUCGAGAAAAUCGUGGAGGUCCCCAAGGUGAAGGAGAUGCGCAGGUUCCAGGAGGUCGAGACGGUGGAAUACGUCAUCAAGUACGUGCCGAAGGGAUUCACCGAGGGUAGAAAGAAGUCAGACGACGAGGGUGAGGAUGGGAAAGACAAGAAGGAAGAAGACGCAGAUGGAGAAAGGGACCCAGGCGAAGGAAAGGAAACCAGCGAGGAGCAGCAAGAUGUUAGCAACUCCAGAUUUUACGAAGAGAAAAAUUAUUCUGAAGGAGCCAAGCUGGUUAGGAAUGCACAGAUGGAGAUGAGCCAGUCCCAAUUAUGGGAGCAGACGAUGUCCGUCGGCCAGGAUAGGAUGUUCCCAUACGUUUUUAGUAGGCCAAUGCAAGGACAGGCGGGGGUACACGAAGAGGUAUAUGCGGAGGCACAUGCAGAGGCACGUGUAGACAUGGGGAUGGGGGCUCCCUGGGGAAGUGCCGCAGUUGGGGGAGAAGCAUACGAAGGAGGAGCAGUCCACCCCACGUUUGGCUUGCGAAACGAGAUGUCCCUAAUGCAGCUGAAGGAGAAGAAUGGCUCGAUGUUACCAACGCCACGGAUAGAGCAGGUGUUUAAGCCCAAAAUUGUGAAAAACGUAGAGGUGCAGAAACAUGUGCCCAUUUCGGUGGACGUACCUGUUCCCUAUAUGGUCCCCAAGCCUGUCGUUGUUAAUGUAGAAGUGCCUGUUUUGAAAUUCAGAGACACAUUUGUGCCUGUACCGGUCAGGCGAAAAAUCAUCCCCAAAAUUAAGUGGAUUUCUGACGUUUACCAAGUCGACUGCAUUAAAGAGAAGCCGUAUUUGAAGAUCCAAGACGUGAUUAGGCCAAUUCCUUGUGACGUCCAGAUUAAAUACAGGAAGUACAUGGAGAAGGCUUGUGCUGUGAACCCUAACGAGUUGCCGCAGGACGACGUGCACGCCAUGUGGAUGCGCGUCAACGCGCACCUCGCCGAGCAGAAGAAGCGGGAGUACGGCGACCUGUACCCGUACUACCGAGGUGGGCACGGAGAAGAAGAAGGCGGCAGCAGCAGCUCUGGAAAGGACGAGCCAGACGGAAGCGAGGGCACGCAAUCUUCGGAAGAGGGAAGGGCGCACGAGGGAGAAAUCAGAGAAGGCGCUUUGGAAGAGGAGGGGGAAGUCUCGGGGGGGUCGAGCAAGCAGGGGGGAGUGGAAGAAGACAAGGAGGAGCGCACCGAGGGGGGAGAACCCAUCGGCAGUGAACGUAGCGGGGUGAAUGAACGAAGUGGAGCGAAUGAACGAAGCGGGGCGAUGGAAGGAAGCGAGUCGGCCACCUCCAAUGGGGAAAUCACACAAAGUGGGGAGGUCGCUCAACAAGGGUCCAUCAUAGAAGUCCUGAGGAGAGAGUACGACGAAGGUGGUGAGGCCAAAGCGGAGGAGUGGAGACAAGCCGAAGGGAUAGAAAAGGUAAACGCAGAGCAGAAUAUCUUUUACGCCUAUGAAGGGUCGGAGCAGAUGCAGACAGAGGGAAGAGGUUACAGUGUUUGUUGCAAAAAUGCAAAUGAUCGUGUUGGUGGUACUUUGGAAAAGGAGGAGAGAGACCAUUUCGAAUGCGUCGAUGAAUUCAUGAAGGAGAUGAAGAAGCAAGACCAUUUGGAAGAAGGAGCCGUGGCUUCUCUGUACCCUUCUCACCCUCUAGCCAUGACCUUCUUGCAGAACAAGUGGAUCCAGACGGACACACUGAGGACGCAUGAGCUUUACCAUGACGACUUCGUCCGGGCAAGCAUCAAUGCCAAUUAUAAUUUGAUGAAUAGGAACCCAGUGCUAUCGGAGGUUAUGAGAAAUGAGGAUUUUAUAAAAACCGCCAACCCUAUCAUCUCUCCUUUUUUCCCGAGGAACAUACAGAAUAUAGAAAAUGCCUACAAUAGGGUAAUCGCGCAGAAUAUCCAGGAGGAGAAUAUGAGGUGCCAGGGGGGUGCUAAUAGGUAUGAGCAGAAGGUGCAUGCUUCUUCAGGGGGCACCGAUGUGAGGAUGUACGAGAAAGGGGCAACUGCAGGUGUUGGAACCGCUGGACAGGCGUGCGAUUCAGGGGGGAAAUGCUGCAGCUACUUUUGCAAACACUGA